AUGUGUAAGUGCUCCUCAGAGAGCCGUGUGACCUUGCAGUUGUCCCCGUGUGAGGAGGGGUUUUUCCUGACUGUAUCCUUGGAGUCGAUCCUGAAGGUAGCCAAACACGCUUCUGAAAACAACAAGAUCUUCUGCUUAAAUCUGUCAGCUCCAUUCAUCUGUGAGUUCUUCAAGGAGGCCCUGAUGAAGGUUAUGCCCUAUGUGGACAUCCUUUUUGGCAACGAGACGACUGAAGACAUUGAGGAGAUUGCAAAGAAGGCCCAAAGCUUACCCAAAGAGAACAAGAAAAGGCAGAGGAUUGUUGUCUUCACCCAAGGCAAAGAAGGAACUGUAAUGACCAAAGGUGACAAGGUGGAGACAUUCCCUGUCCUGGAGAUCGACCAGAGCGAGAUAGUGGACACCAACGGUGCUGGAGACGCCUUUGUUGGAGGUUUCCUGUCUCAGCUGGUACAGGAUAAGACCUUUGAGCAGUGCAUCCGCGCUGGACACUACGCUGCUAACGUCAUUAUUCGCCACGCGGGCUGCACAUUCCCAGAAAAGCCAGACUUCCAGUGAUGGACCGCUGAGAGACCGGAAGAUACGGCCGCCCGAGUGUUUUAUAGGACUAAUGCCUUUUUUUAAUUGACUUUUUAUCUUCUGUUCCUCUUUCCUCUCUUGUUCACUGCCUGCCUUCUGCUGUGCCUCUAUUUUCUCUGAUUCACAGCCUAAUGCGAUCAUAGAGACAUAUUUCACAUUAAAAACUGUUUACAAAAGAGGAAUUUCUGUUGGAAAUAUUGAAUUGUUUUUACUAAAGCCAUUUUAGAAUCAUGGUUAAGAGUGUUUGCUAACAAAAUUAUUUUAGUUGUAAUUAGCUGUAAAAACUGAAGCCGGUAUUACAAACAUACAGGAGCCAGAUGAACUUUAUUGAAAUCAAAGGCUCAUUUUAUGUCAAAGAAAUUUUGUUGGCCAGUCUUGCUGAUGUAAACCAAAUGUAUUUGUGGGAAACACUUAAAUGUGUCACAAACUGCCAAAAUAAACAAAAAAGGCUGUA